CCGGCAGGCCUGGACGGCUGCAUGGGGCGCGGGGCCGAACGCUGGCUGCGCGUUGCUAUGGCCGAACCCGCGGAGGAGGAAGAGCUGCCGGUGCCCGAAUCGGGGGCUGUUUUUACUUUUGGAAAAAGCAACUUUGCAGAAAAUAUUCCUAGCAAGUUCUGGUUCAAAAAUGACAAGCCGGUCCACAUAUCAUGCGGAGAUGAACACACUGCUGUUGUUACAGGGAAUGGUAAACUUUACAUGUUUGGCAGUAACGACUGGGGCCAAUUAGGACUAGGAUCAAAGAAUACUGUCCGCAAACCAACAUGUGUUAAAGCUUUAAAACCAGAAAAAACAAAACUUGCUGUUUGUGGAAGAAACCACACCUUAGUUUACACAGAAAAAGGGAAUGUGUAUGCUGCUGGAGGUAACAGUGAAGGUCAAUUGGGAUUAGGUGACACAGAGGAAAGGACCACAUUUCAUUUAAUUAGUUUUUUUACCAACCAGCACAAGAUCAAACAGCUAGCUGCUGGAUCAUACACCUCAGCAGCAGUAACUGAGGAUGGGCAGCUUUUUGUGUGGGGUGAUAAUUCAGAAGGUCAAAUUGGCUUGGCUGACAAAACCUGUGUCAGUGUCCCCUGUCAAGUAGAUGUUGGAAAACCCGUUUCCUCUAUAUCCUGUGGAUAUUAUCAUUCUGCCUUCAUAACAGGAGAUGGUGAACUCUAUACUUUUGGGGAACCUGAGAAUGGAAAACUGGGAUUAUUGCCUGAGCAGCUAAAGAACAGUAGAGUCCCACAGCCAGUGCUGGGAAUUAUGGAAAAAGUUAAUAAGGUUGCUUGUGGUGGAGAACACACAGUGGUGCUUACAGAAACAGGUGUGUAUACUUUUGGACUUGGACAGUAUGGGCAGCUGGGACAUGGCACUUUACUUUUUAAAACUUCUGUACCAAAGUCUGUGAAACACUUGAGGAGUCAUAAAAUACAUAAUGUUACAUGUGGGGAGAGUCACACUGCUGUAAUAGCAGAAAAUGGCCUCAUGUUUACUUUUGGAGAUGGACGACACGGAAAGUUAGGUCUUGGAGAAGAGAAUUUUGCAAAUCAGUUUGAUCCUGCUCUAUGUUCUAAUUUCUUGAGUUUCACAGUCCUUUUGGUUGCUUGUGGUGGUUGUCACAUGCUGGUUUUUGCUACUCCAAGACCAAAAGAAUCUGAAGAAAUACUCUUAGAAGAUAUAUAUGAGAGCCGUUUGAUUUCUACUGUUUCUAAAAUGGGUGGAGAUUCACUAGUAACAAACACAUUACAAUUAACAUCAGCUCGAAUGCGACGUCGAGAGAGGGAACGGUCACCAGAACAGCUUAUUCCGAUGGCACAAACUCUGCCUCCACUGGGAGAACGCUUCUUAAAAUCUUCACUGCCUGAGGCUAGCAACACCGGCCCAAUAUGUUUUUCUACAACAAAUGUUCCUAAAUCUGAGCCUGUGAAGGAGAGACAUCAUGAAAAAGAGAAGAAGCAUGAAAAAGAUGAACCUGGUGAAGGCUCUGCAGAAGAUUCAGAUGCUGAAAAUAAUGACAGAAAUCUUGGAGAUACAACUGACACCCUAAAUAUGACGCACGUGAUGAGAUUGAACUCCAGUGACCAGUCCUUAAAGUUAUCACCUGUUCAAAAACAAAAGAAAAAGCAUAACAGUGAGUGCAUCAGAAGAUUUCCCAAGUGGAGGAAGAAGAACAAUAAAAAUCUGAAACUGAAAAGAGAUGGUAAAGGUGGGCUGAAAACUGUUGAUUUUGAUUUCACGCAGAAAGGAUCAGAAUUAGAUUCUGGUUCCUUACAAAAACAGUCUUCACUUUCAGAGUCACCAGGACAAAAUGCAGAUUUAGAAAACAGUAGUGCCUUUGUAGGGAAGCCUGUGGCCACAAAAAAUGUAAGGAAAAGUAAAUCUCUGCAUACACAAAGUGUUAGUACUUCAAAAAGUGGUGUUCAACACAUUAGCAGGGACAAAUGCAAAUUAGGUGAAAGGGAAGAAGAAUGUUCAGAAAAUCCUGAAAUUAUCAGAGAGGGAAUAACCUAUAAUUUUCCCAAUGAAAGAACAAACUAUUCUGAUAAGAAGUUAAAAGUUGUUAGGUCUAAGCAAUCCGUUAAAAUUGAUGUACUUCCAACUGCAUCCAAUAAUCAGCCCCAGGAUGGUUCUUUAAUUGUAGAAGAAUGCAAUCUUGUUAAAAAGCAAGGAAGUCAAGAAGCAGUAGAAGGUGGAAACAAAAUAAAGAAUGCUGUUGAAAAAUCUAAUACAUGUGAAAGAGGGAAACAAAGUACUGAAAAGCAGAGGGAGUUUAAAAAAAAGGACCAAUUAUAUAAACAAAUAGCUGUAACUACAUCAUCGUCUUCUAGUGAAGAAAAUAGUAAUGAUGUUGCAAAUUAUGUUCUUAAAAGUAGGGAAAAUGAGGGGUACUGCUAUGAAGAUGGAGAGAUCCAGAAGUCAAUAAAGACAGAAAACAUAAAAGAUCUGGAAUUGCAAAAAGAAGGUAGUGAGAUUGAAGGGAUGCAAGCUACAGACAGUGAGAAAGAGUAUAUAGAAGCCAUUGAUAUAAAAAGCCUGAAUGAGGAAGAGACAUACUCUGAAGCUAAAUUUGAUGAAGAUAAACAGUUAGAAACAAAAAAUGAUGGGGAAUCUAAUGAAGAGCAAGAGAGCGAAGACAGUGUAAAAGACGAAACUGAAAAAGAAAGUGGAUGUCAACUGAAUGAAACAGUUGACAGUGAAGUUGAACUAGGGGGGGAGGAUGAAGAGGCUGAGGUUGAAAAAGAUACAGGCGAAGUUAUUUCAGCAGAAAGAGAUGAAGAUGAAGAGGGAAAAGAUAAUGAAGAAGAUGAAAGAGAUGAAUCGCCAAUUGAAAGAGGCAGUGAAAAUGGGGAUGCAGAAGAGGUUGAAGUGAGUCAUGAAAAACAUGUCACAGCUCAAGGAGAUGAAGAAGGCAGAUUAAUAGAAGAAGCAGAAAUACAGAGUGAGGGAGAGGAUAUUGAAGAAGAGGAGGAGUAUGUAAAAGAGAAACAAACUGAAAGGGAAGAAGAGGAGCAGGAUAAAAGUGAAGGGAGAGAUGAGAGUGAGGAAGGAAGUGAAAAUAUAGAGGAGGGAGAACAAAAAGGGCUUGAAGCAGAACAGGAAGGAGAAGAUGGAAAGGAAAGUGAAGAAGAAGAAGAAAGGGAGACUGAAGGAGAUGGUGAAGAGGAGGAGUUAGAAGAAGACUUGUCAGGGGGGGAAGAAGAAGAGAUAUCCAAAGAAGAAUGGGAGGAGGAGGAUGGAAAUAAGAGGACUAAGGAGAUGAGGGAGGAUGGAGUAGAAGAGGAAGGAGAAGAGGGGGAGGAUGAAGUAGAAGAGCAAAGAGAAGAAGAGGAGGCAGAAGAAGGAGCAGAGAUAGAAACAGAAGGGGAGAAAGGAGAAGAAGAUGAAAACAAGGAAGAGGAGGAGGGAGGAAAUGAAGAAGAGGAUGAAGAAGAAGAAGAUAAAGAAGAAGAAGAGGGAGAAGAGAUGGAAGAAGAUGAGGGAAAAGCAGAGGAAGAACAGGAAUUAGAACUAGAAGAAGAGAAUGAAGAAGGAGUAGAAGAAGAGGAAGAAGAAAUUGAAGAGGAAGAGGUAGAGGGAGCUGAUGAAGAAGAGGGAGAGGGAGCUGAGGAGGAAGAAGGAGAGGAAAGCCAAAAAGAGGAAAAGGAAGAGGGAGAAGAAGAAAAAAGAGAACAGGAAGAAGAGGAAGAAGGAGGGGAAGAGGAGGAAGAAGUAGAGGAAGUGGAAGAAGGAGGAAAUGAAGAGGAUGAGGAUGAGGGUCAGGAGGAAGAAGAGGAGGAUAGAGAGGGAGAAGAAAGAGAGGAAGAAGAAGAAAAAACAAAAGAUAAAAGAAGAAUUGUUAAUAAUAAGCUUCUACAAAAGAAAAGCAAAACCAGGGAACCAGGGAGGACAGAAAAUUCUGCUGUAUCAAAGAGCACCAAACAAAAAAUGAAGUCAAAACAGCAUGCGGCAAAUGGUUUGCAUAAUUCAGAACAAUUUUGGAACAAUGUGCUGCCUCAUUAUUUAACACUAAAAUAGUAUAGACUUGUGGAGAUUCAUCUUAAGUCUACUCAGGGAAAUCUGAAACUACAGCAAAUUGAUUUUUAAAUAUAGCCAAAAAAAUUGUUAUACAUAUAUUUUAAGUGCCUAUUUAUGGAAAAAUGAAGGAAAUUCAUUUAUUUGAGAAGCUUUCAUGAGAUAAAUCAUGUACUUUAUUGAUAAAAUCAUUUAAACAAUCGUCUUUAUCAUAUUUGACACAGAUUUAAAAGAACUACUAGGGAGGCAGGGUGUGCUUGCCUGAAAUUAUAACUUCAUGCUGAUAACAUGAAUUAUACAUUGUAACAGUGUAAUCUUUGCAUCUGAAUCAGAUUUCUUGAGGAAAUACAUCAAUUUUAGUUGCAGCUUACUUGUUAAUGUGCCUUAUGUGAAAAGAAUGUCAGUAAAUCAUUAAGGAUACAUAUUUUAAAAUUUUGGUAUCACUCCAUUUUCAUUCCUGCUACUUUUGUUCUGUUCAUAUAUAGGUAGGAUGUUUGUUCAAAUACUCAGCAUUAAUUAGAGAACAAGUUGCCAAGUAUAAAUGGGUCAGUACAUGAGAGGAAAAUGGAAAUGUAAGCCUGGGCAAAAGGUGGCUUGGGCUUUUCCAAAGGCCUUAAAGGUUGACUUCAUAUUUUGGUGUCAGCACACAAUUAUGUGCAUAAAAGUUGAACAUGAGCCUCAGAAUUUGAUCUAGAUUGCAUUAUAGUUAGAAUACAUUCUCUUUACUGAUAAUUUUUGCUUGCUACUUUUUAUGAUUUGACAUAAUUAAGAAUUUGAAAAUAUACACCUGUAAAACAUUAUUUGCUUGUGUAUACUGUGCAAUACAGAAAAGACUCAAUAGCUGCCUACCAAAGUCUAAAUUAUAUUAGUCACCUAACUCUAAAGUUCUCAAGGAGGGGAUUGUGUUUUGUUGCAGAGUGAAUGAUGUAUGUGUUUUCAGGAUCAGAGCUUAAGCUUCUCCUCAUUGGAGGAGAUUUGUGUUUUCCCUUCCUUCCUGAAAAUCACAUCAGGGAUUUCCAGAAAGAUGCUGUAACAAACCAGGAAAGUAAAUGCAAUAGUAGCAAAAGUGGCAUGGAAGUCUAAAUUAUUUUUUUAAAAGAGAAAGUAUGCUAAUACUUACACAUAAAUCUUGAAAGAUAUUUUUGGUCUUUGUAAUGCUGCAUUAUUGUUAUUAGAGUCUAAACCUGGAAAAGAAGGGAUAUGAACUCUUGUCAUUCAGCACUAUUAGUUAGUUAAGUACUAUUCUAAUGGGUGGUCUGAGGAAAUUUUGUAAACAUCUCUCAGUAUUCACUGGAAUUCACUGGAAGAAUUGCUAUUUAAACCUUAUUUAAAAUGGUUACUGAAGAGGGAAACCAAAAUGAGUAAAUGCCACUCAAUAAAAAUGUUAACAGAAUCAAUACUUAUGUUGAGAUUAUGAAACAUUUUUAAUGUUGUAAGAUAUUAACAUUAAACUGUCUUUGGCACAAUGUCUCCAGAAUUUAUUUUCUAAGAAGGCUGUGGUAGAUUAAUGCUUUGCUAGUGCAUUCUACUUCAGUUCAAUCCUUCCUAUCUCAAUCACCCUUUCCAUAUACCAUGUUUGAAGGUAAGAUCAAUUUCAGUUGCAUGCUGUAUGUAAUAACUAAAAUAAAAAUAAUUAGUCCAGUGACUUUAUUUUGUCCCUUUGAAAUUAAUUACAAUCUUUAUAGCUUUAUGGAAUACAUUGUCUUGAUGUGGGUAUGGAUGGGUAAGUCUUUGGGAAAAACGUAAGUAUAAUGAUAUUCUGAUAGAGGGAAAUAUUUUAACAAUUAAAUGCACUCCCCAAGAAGACAGCUCACUCUUAUAAUGGAGUCUUUAGUUCUUCUGGAGACAUACUACUUUAUCACUGAAGUAGUGUGAAAUCGUUUACUUCUAAAUCUAAGUGGAGUUAAACUGUGUUAUUUUAUCUUUCUUAGGAAAGAUUAGGAUGUUACUGUGACUAAACUUGGAGCAAUAGUGGAAAGUAUUUUUGUAGGUCUAAAAUUGUGUUUCUUGGAAUAUGACAAUCUACUUACUUGUGAUUCUGAAAUUCAGCCUUGGAAGAAAGCUGUGCUGUAAGAAUAUUCUGUUGUUAUGAGCAGUAAUUCCAAGAGAGAGAGAGAGAAAAAAAAAAGCGUGGACACUUUGAUUUCAGAUCCACCCAGGAAUGAGCUGUUUUUUAUGGUUUGGGUGUAGCUUUUAAUCUAAAUUUUUAGGAAAUAGGGGCCAUUUGUUUUCUUAAGCAUUUCUUAUAAGCAUUACAAGAUAUAUUCUUAUAUUAUUAGUCUUAUAUUCUUAUAAGCACUUCUUAUAAGCAUAUCAUAAGCAUUUCUUGCUUAACAAACACUGAGAGUGUAAGGCUUCCCAAGGUUUCCCAAGAGUCUUAAAGAAGCCAAGUGUGAACAUCUCCUCUUCUUUAUUCUGUCUGGAAAAAAUUCAUUGAAAUUAAAAUUGAUUUUAUAUUGCUUUGUGGAUCAUUCCUGUGGUAAGGGAAAAGCAGAACAUUUCUGCAGUUCUUCUAAGGGUUUUCCACAGAACUGUUACAUAAAUUGUUCACUAUGCCAAUGUUUCUGGGCUUUGGGGGAAUUUGGAACUUCAUCAGCAUUAACUAGAGUGGAAUUUUGUUUAGUUUGACUCAUACUGAUUUAUAAAGCUUGGUAGCUGUGGUUUUAUGGAAAUUCAGUAUGUCCUUGGUUUUUAUUAUGGGAUAGAAAAAGACUUAUGUGCAGUACUUAAGUAACAUGGCAGAAGCAUUCCCAAACUAGUUUUUAGUAGAGGAAAAAAAAAAAUCCAGAAAUAGAGAAAACAACAGACGUAGCUACCCAGACCAAAGGCUUGUCUAGCACCAAUAACUUGUGUCUGUCAGUUGCAAUCUGUGAAUGCCUGGCAAAAAAAGAAAACAACAAGAAUAGAGCAAAUGUGGUGAUACUUCUCCUGUGUAAUACUCCUUCUCUGUGUGAUACUUCUCCUUCCUCAAUGAGGGAGAGAGGUCCUUGGGGAAAAAGACUAGUGAGGCUCAUUGGGAGGGCUUUAAACUAGGUGUGAAGGGUGACAGGAGGUAUAGUGAGCCUUCCCAUGAUAAGAUGUGGGAUGGCGUAACUAGAUUAGAAGGACAGGGUGCUAGCAGGGACCUUGAAGAACCUGCUGCCUUGAGAAGUGCUGGCAACACUGCAGCACAUGCAAAAUUUUGAUGAGGCAGUGACUGCUGGGACAAUAGGAGAAGGCUAUGGGGAAAAUCAAGGAAAAUACUUAAAAGGAAUUAAGGAGUUAUCCUUUAAAGAGGUGACAAGACCAGCUUCCCAGUUGGAGUGCCUCUACAUGAAUGCACGCAGCUUGGGAAACAAACAGAAGGAACUGGAAGCUGCUGUGCUACUAGAAAAUCAUGAUAUAGUUGCUGUCACUGAAACCUGGUGGGAUGAUUCCCGUAACGAAAGUGUGGCUAUCGAUGACUGCAAGCUGUUUAGAAGGGACAGACAAGAAGGGAGGGGAGAGAGUGUUGCUAUCUACAUCAGGAAAGGAGUAGAAUGCAAAGAGCUGUCCCUAAGAAUAGUCUUGAACAAGUUGAAAGCCUAUAGGUAACAGAGACUGAGGCAGUAAAGGGAGUUUUGUGAUCACUGUCUACUACUGGCUACCUGAUCAAGUAGAUGCCUUCUACCUCCAGCUACAGGAGGCACUGUGAUCACAAGCACUCAUCCUGCUGGGAGACUUCAAUCACCCAGAUGGCUGCUGGAAAAAUAGCAUGGCAAGCUGUAGACAAUCCAAGAGGAUCCUAGAAAGACUGAGGAUAAAUUCUUGAGUCAAGUAAUAGAAGGCCUCACCAAGGGGGUGCAGUACUGGACCUGUUGCUCAUCAGUGCAAAUAAACUGAUUGGUGACAUCAGGAUUGGAGGGUGCCUGGGCUGGAGUGACCAUGCUAUGGUUGAAGUCGUGCUCUGGAGGGAUAUGAGACAGGCAAAGAGUAAAGUUAGGAUGCUAAAUUUUAGGAAAGCUAACUUCCAGCUCACCAGGGAGUUAGUCAACAGAACACCCUGGGAAACUGUCCUCAUGUGUAAGGGUGCAGAGCAGAGCUGAUAGAUCUUUAAGGAAGCUUUCAGUGCACAAGGGCUCUCCAUCCCCAGGUAUAGCAAGUCAGGAAAGGAAGGCAAGAGACUGGCAUGGCUGAACUGAGACCUGCUGGUCACACUGAAGAGCAAGAAGAAAAUGCAGUGGAAACUGGGAUGGGUACUGAGGGAGGAGUAUAAGGAAGCUGCUAGUCUGUGUAGGAUGGGUCAGGAAAGCCAAGGCCCAGCUUGAACUAAGCUUGUCAAGGGUUGCCAAGAAGAGCAAGAAAGGCUUCUACAAGUACCUCAAUCAGAAAAGGAAAGUCCAGGAGGGUGUAUUCCCCAUAGUGAGUGACAUAGGCAGGCUGGUAACAGCAGUUAAGGAGAAGACUGAGAUACUUAACAAUUUUUUUGUCUAGGUCUUCUCUGAUAACUGCUUGCCACACAGCCCUCAAAUGUUUGGUUUGGUAGGAGGGGAUUGGGGAAGUAACAUCCCUCCCACUGUAACUGAAGAUCAGGUUCAUGACCACCUGAGGAACCUGAACAUCCACAAGUCUGUGGGUCCGAAUGAGAUGCAUCCCAGACUCCUGAGGGAAUUGGCUGAUGUAGUCACCAAGCCACACUCAGUGAUAUUUGAAAAUCAUGGCAAUCAGAUGAAGUCCCUGGUGAUUGGAAAAAAGGCAACAUCACAGCCAUUUUUAAGAAAGGAAAAUGGAUGAGCCUGGGAACUGUUAACCUGUCAGUCUCCCCUCUGUGCCAGGAAAGAUCAUGGAAUAGAUCCUUCUGGAAACUAUACUAAGGCAAAUGGAAUACAGGGAGAUGAUACAGGAGAACCACCAUGGCUUCACCAAGGGCAAAUCCUGCUUGACCAACCUAGUGGCCUUUUAUGAUGGUUUCACUGCAUCAGUGGACAAGGAAAGAGCCACUGAUUUCAUCUAUCUGGACUUCAUUAAGGCCUUUGACAUGGUAGCCCACAGCAUCCUUCUCUCCAAAUUGGAAAGAUACGGAUUUGAUGGGUGGACUGUUCAAUGGACAAAUAACUGGCUACAGGAUUGAGUCCAGAGGGUGGUGGUCAAUGGCUCAGUGUUUGGAUGGAGGUCAGUGAUGAGUGGAAUCCUGCAGGAUUCAGUGCUGGGACUGAUACUCUUUAAUAUCUUCAUUAGUGACAAUGACAGUGGGUCAAGUGCACCCUCAGCAAGUUUGCUGAUGACAAUAAGCUGUGGGGUGCAGUCAAUACACCAUAGGGAUGAGGUGCCAUCCAGAGGGAUGUAGACAGGCAUGAGUAGUGGGCCCAGGUAAACAUCAUGAGGUUCAACAAAUCCAAGUGCAAGGCCUUACACCUGGUCCAGGCAGCCCUCACUAUCAAUACAAGCUGGGGGAUGAAAGGAUUGAGCACAGCCCUGUGGAAAAAGACCUGGGAGUACUGGUAGACAAACUGGACAUGAGCCAGCAAUGUGCCCUUGCAGCCCAGAAAGCCAGCUCUAUCCUGGGCUGCAUCAAAAGUAGUGCGGCCAGCAGGUUGAAGGAGGUGAUCCUGUCCCUCUACUCUGUGCUGGUGAGGUCUCACUUGGAGUACUGCAUCCAGAUGUGGAGUACUUGGUUCAGAAGAGACAUGGACCAGUUGGAACACGUCCAGAGGAGGGCCACAAAAAUGAUCUAAGGGAUGGAAAAGCUAUCCUACAAGGACAGACUGAAAGAGCUGGGGCUGUUCAGCCUGGGGAAGAGAAGGCUCCGAAGGUCACCUGAUAAUGGCCUUUCAGUAUCCAAAAGGGGAGCUACAGGAAAGAAGGGGACAGACUCUUUAGCAGGAUCUGUGAUGAUAGAACAAGGAGAAAUGGCUUCAAGCUUAAAGAGGGUAGAUUAAGAUUGGAUAUAAGGAAAAAGACUUGUACAGUGAGCAUAGUGAGGCACUAGAACAGGCUGUCCAGAGAUGUGGUGGAUGCCCUGUCCCUGGAGACUUUCAAGGCGAGGUUGGUCAAGCCCUGGGCAACCUGAUCUAGCUGUGCAUGUCCCUGUUCAUUGCAGGAGAAUUGGACUAGAUGACCUUUAAAGGUCCCUUCCAGCUCUUAAGGAUUCUGUGAUUCAAAUCCCUCAGUCUUCAAUAGCCUGUAUUUCAGAAGAUGCAUGUGUUGUUUUUAAUAGCAUUUUUUUGCCCAUGAAUUUCUUUGACUUCAUUUUUGAAGCAUUUCAUGCCCAAUACAGAUUUUAGUAAACAAUUCUUAGAUUACAUUAAAUAUUGUGUGAAGAAGUAACUCCUCCUUCUGUCCUAAAUCUGUCUUGAUACUUUCAUUUUUUGUCUCUUUGUUAAAGAAGAAAAAAGAGUGUUUAUUGCCUCUUCAUGAUUUAUUCCGUCUUGGUUGCCACAGGGAAAAGCUCUUCAACUUUGUGAUUUAAAUCAAGUCAGAAUCAAAGUGGUUUACUGACUUUCUAAUAACUGUUAACCAGCAAUCUAUGAAUUCCAUAUUAAAGAUCAAAGAUCAAUAGCAGUAAUACAGCAGGUAACAACAGUACUGACAUUCAUAAAAUGUUAACAUUUCUGACCACCCUUCUGAAGAAGAUGUCAGAAAUUUUAAUUUUCCCCCACAGUCCCAAGCAUGUUCACAAGAUUACAUUUGCACAUACCGCUUCUAACAGCGCGCACUAGUUGUGUGCCUGGAGAAUGCACUCCAUAAUAUCACAUAUACACUUACAAGGUGUGGGUCUCUUUCCUUGUUGCAGCCCAUAGUGCCAGUCCGUGCUGUUUUCUCAGUCCUGGUGCUAUGGGGGAGCUGGUGGCAGUGUCAAACUCUGAUUGAUGUUCAUGCCUUUAUACUUAUUUUCAAGCUGACUUUGAUUUUCUUUGGAUUUUCAAGACUCUUUUGUUACCAUUUAAUCCACCCAAUGCUUCUUUUAGGAAUAUUUGAACAUUGUUAACUUCCUCUUUGUCUUUCUCAAUGUGGGGGCAAAUGACUUCUCAAGUAUGUUGUUAUGCAGCUUGCACAGUGUGUGUACGGGCACGAUCCUGUUUUACAAGCUGAUGUUAUCCAGGUCACAUUACCAAGGGGGAAAGGAUGCCAUGCAGAUUCCCCCACAGAGAUUUUGUAGACAUGUUUCCCUUAAUCAUCACUGUUGUAGCUGAAGAAGUUCUUUAAUCCUUGAGACCUAUCUCACUGCUGGUUUAGAUGGGCAGACCACAAGUUGGUUAGUAAUCCAGAGGCAAGUGCAACAUGGAUUUAUGCAGCAGCAUAGUGACCUCAUUUCUUAUUCCCCGUUUUUCUGUUCUCUCGAACUUGACCGCUGCAGAGAUUCUAAUGGGGUUUCAUAGAACUCUGAGUUGUAACGUUAAAGGUUUUGUUUUACAAGAUCUGCCAUUGUGUAUAUGAAGUAGUGUUGUGCAGUAUUUUGCAUUUAUCAACACUAAAUUUUCUCACUCAGUUACUUUAUGUAAUGAAUCCCCUCUAUAACCCAUCAGCUACUGUCUUUAUUACCCAGAAGAACAUCAAGCCAAGAUAACUUUUAGCUUACUUUCUCCAUAAAGGGCUAUGCUAUUGAUCAUCUCAGAGUAGCAAAUUCAAUUUGCAGUGUGUGCAAAUCUAGUCAUUUGACAAAAGCGUGGUUAAGAUACUCUUUCUAGUAAUAAGAAAAAAAAAAAGAAGAAAAAGCAAAGAUUAAAGGCAAAGCAUUUUGUUUGACACAAUCUGACUAUGAACUCACAUGACCUUUUGCAUAUGUCUUUAAUUUUAAAAUGAGUGUUAUGGGAAGCCAAAUCAAGUUCAAGAAUAAUAAAAUCUUUGGACAAAAGAAUGUUGUCAGAUCUGUAGACUGUAAUACGCUUUGUGGUAGCUGACAUAUGAGGGCAAAUUCUCAACUCAUUUCUGAAUCAGUAUUUUGCUUGCACAAACGGCAGGCCUGUGCUUUUGUCAUCUGUUAAUUUCUGAAUGUGUUCUGGAUCUGAAGGCACUCAUGGAGUUACAGUAUUUUAAUAACACUUUUACGUGCUUUAAUGCAGAGGAGUUUGCUUUUGCAUAGUGGAAACAUCCUGAUGAAAUAUCUUUGACUUCAAAAAAUUGCACUGCUUUUUCUAAUGAAAAAAAAAGCAACAACAAAGCAACUACACAUAAUGACUGUAUUUUUUAAGGAUUUAUGGCUAUUUCUAUUGCCUCUUUCCUUGGCAAUCCCCUGAUGCAAUAAUUUAAAUAAAUGUUAAUAUAAUUUUCUCAAAAACUCAUACUAAGUUAUGAAAAUAGUUUAUUAUCAAGGUCCUGAGUUGUCAAGUACACUUUAUCAUUCUGGCUUUCAUAAGUGUCUCAGCACUGAAACAUCAGACACGGACUGUGCUUUUUCUGUCUCUGGAUGGUGGGUCAGCUGCAGGGCAGUCUGAUGGAAUGUCCUGAGUUUAAUGUUCUGGGUUCAGGGCUUUAUAACUUGUAAAGUACCCCUCCUUUCACACAGAGUUGCAUUUGUGGUUUGUGUGAAAUGUAGAGUAUUUGUGGUUGCAUACUGAGAGUGUGAGAGAGGGCUAAACAAAGGUAGCUGCAAUUAGAGUUUUAUAUUAAACAAAGCUUUUAUCUGCUUCUAUACCUGAGAGGAUAUAGAUCACAGUAGUGGUGAAGAGUAAUAUUUCCUACUUCCUUUGUACCAAUGAUGUCUUGUUCAGCUGGAAACUCAGCAAGAGUCAUCAAUCUAAUACAAAUUUGAGAUUAUAAGCCACCCUAGGAGAAAUUGGAUUUCUUAAAAGGGAGUAUAAAAUACUUCCAUUUUAUCCAGUGUCUAGCCAGGGCACAAAAUGCCUCUUACAAUUAGAAACAGAGCAGCAGUAAAGCUGCAAAAUUUAAUCUGUUUUAUUGGACACUUCAUUGUCAUUUCUCAGAGGAAAAAAAAAAAAGACAAUCCUGAAUGUGUCCUGUAUGAAGUGUACAGGAAGAAGUUAAGCUCUGUUUUAGAGCAGGCCUUCCAACAGCUUUCACAAACACCAGUAUGACACGAAGUGCACGUGGAAAUCGGUGGGGCUUCUGUUACAAGGUUGGGGGUGCCUUAAAAAAAUCUACCCAUACAGGAAAAGCUGCGAGAUGAGAAUGGGCUUAAAAACUGCUGAUGCUUGUACAGAAAUUGGUUUUAUAUCAGAGUAUUUUGAAAUGGUGCAUCUCCCUGGAGAGACUCAGUCUUGCAGACUGUGGAAACUUUAAUAGUGACUCAUGGGGCAUCCUCUUCAGGAAUGUAUGGAGAACAGAAAGUUAUAAAACCUUUCUGCAAGCAGUUGUAUUACUGAUGGAAAUUUAUCUUUGCCCAUAUUUUUACAAAAGUGCUGAAUAAUAAUCAGCAUUAUUAAGGCGGGAUUCCAACAAAAAGCACAGUAUUUUGGAGAGAUAUAAAGUACUCUAAGCUGUGUGACACAAUAAAAGCAGAAACCAGUGACUGUCCAAAUUCACUUGCAAGUAAGUGGGGAGGUGUAUGACCAACUCCAGGUACUAGAACCUUUUUCUGUAACAAUUUGGAAAAUAGCAGAAACUGUGUCCACGCGUGAGCCAGUAUUCCCAAGUUAGUUUUCCUCUUAAGUCUUUUAGCAUUAAGAAUUCAUUUUUUUAUGUAGCACAUUGCCUUCCAAACACCCAAGUUUUUAAAAUCAUAACAAUAUAUGCUGAUUUGAAAUUGCUAUUGUAUUUCCUCUGUUUUGCUUAAGUGUCCGGGAUUUAUUUUGGUAUUCCUUUUCUAAGUGAUUAAAGAUUAGAGGGUAUUUUUGUAUAAUAGCUUAUAAGAGUUUCUAUUUGACGUAAAUAGUUUCCUAUUUGUUUUGCGAUUCUUCACAAACAGCUUAAGAAAUCAUUCUAUAUUUGUAAAGGGUUUUUUUUUUUUUUUUUUCCUUUUCACCUUGGAAAUGUAUAUUAUUUGUUUUCCAAAUAAAGCAGACUUUUGGAAGAAGAUACAGUUUUGUGUAUGAAAGCUAUCUGAGCUAUUUCAGAUGCUGACUAAUCUUGGGAAACAAAUAAUAAAAAUGUGUUCUGACUAGAUGGAGGGAGUAUCCUUUAGGUAAAUCCAUCUGAAUUAUUUUUGUAGUGAAUAGAUUAAGUUGGAUAUCUAAAAUAAACUUGAAAGUAGACGUGCUGCCUUUUUUAGAAAGUAGCUUUACACUAGAGUUUCUUACAUUAACUAGAUACCUAUAUUCAAACAAGAAUUUAGAGAUAGAUCUUUUUCAGUUAUACAUACAGUAACAAACCAGCAAGCCAUGGAAUAAUUACACUACAAGCAGCCAAAAUAAAUCUAUAAGAUAAUGGCAGCAACAAAGGACUGUCCAGUACUGUAUACUAAAUGUCGGUGUACUAUUUCUGAAUAACACCUAAAGUUUUGAAUGUGCAAUCAGAUUAAUUAUUUUAAUGCAAAGCAUGUGUACUGCCAGCCUGUCACAAAGUAAUAUCUAUAGAAACCUACAGGUUAUCUUGUUUGGCUUUUAGUAAACAAAACAUAUUGCUUAGUAAAGUACUAUCUGAAGAUGAUUUAAAAA